UUCACAAGGUUAUUCCACACAAACUGAAACGCAUUCACUUUCAGAUCGUACUGUCUUAAAUACAAUUAAAUUCCAAGUCAUUUUACAAAUUUCUAGCCUAAUGGAAGAAAUCUCAUAUUCGGAACUCAUUAAGGAUAGCAUAAGGUUACAUUUUGAGCAAAAUGAAGAUCUGAAUAGAAUGAGAAGCGGCCUGCAUGUGCAGGCAAUGAAGAUGCUGCACGAGCUGACAAGAAUGGAGAAGGAUGAACCGCCAUGUGCCAGCAAUUUGGAACAGCGUGGAAUGCUGCAGCUACUCAAUUAUCUGAUUGUCGACUAUUUUAAUUGGCAUGGCUUUCGGAAUACUCUCGAAACAUUUGCGCUGGAAACGGGCGAAAAAUCGCGGCCAAAACCACGCGAAAAACUUCAGCGGGAACUAAACGGCAAAUUCGACCACUUGAAUCUACCCAUCUUGUUACAAAUGCUGCUGAAGGAAACAAAUAAAGAAGAUAACAGGAUGCUCAACGAGAGUAAAUGGGAGCAUAUUUCAAAGAAGGCAUCUUCUAUCCCAAAGAAAUUAAAAAAAUCACAUGGACGCCGACGUGCUGUAAAAGAUGUCUCGGGUCAAGCAGAACAGCCACGCAAACAGGUGGAAAAAGAUGCCAUAUGCCCUGCUCCAGCUGAGGAAAACACUAGCAACAAGGAAAUACAAAAUAACGCCAGCGUCGUAAAGAGCAAUAGUUCAGAUAUGGAAAGCCCAAGCAAAGUGAAGAACCUGAAUAAGCCAGGGGACAAAGAUACUCUACCCAAGGAUUCUUCGGGCACAGUGGAGAUCUUACAAGAUUCCAGGCAAGUGGUUGAAGAUAUUCCAGCCAAGCAAAUUUUGAGUCAAUUCACCAUGAUAAAUGUUACGCCGGCUAAGGAAAUCCAAGGGGAAGCAAACAACUUACGGCAAUCUAAGGAAAUCCCAAAGAAAAUGAAAAACUCACUUGGAAUUCAUCAAUUGAUAAAGAAAAUUCAUAUUAAGAAGCCGUCAAAGAAUAUUACAAAUGUGAAUGUGAAAAACUUGAAUGGAACUGAAACAAGUGCUUCCUUAAAUGUUAUCAAUAAGCGAAAAAACAAAUUUAAUGUACGGCAAAGAAUGAUUGAGCCCGAGGUCCAAAGUCAAUGUUUCAGGGCCCCCUAAAAUCUCAUUAAUAAUUUUUGAUUAAGCACCUUUUACCAUUGUCUGUACAACUAGGCAUUGAUACUCGGAAAUUACUCUCUUUCCGAAAGUUGGAGAAGUUGGGAGAAAACUUUUUGAAACAUGUUUGGAAAAUAUUGUUUGCAUUUUAUGAAGUAAAACAAAAUAUAUAUUAAUCUAAUGUUGCCAUAUUAAAA